CUUUUCAUUUCACUGCCAACUAAGUCAAGUAGAAAACUUACUUGUCUUUUGCAACUCUUGAGUAGAAACAUUAAAAAAAAAAACAUGGCUGGUAUUUCUAAUCACUGGGCUUUUGCUUUUGGUGUCCUUGGCAACAUUGUCUCGUUCAUUGUGUUCCUUUCUCCAAUACCGACGUUCUAUAACAUUUACAAGAAAAAAUCAACAGAAGGUUAUCAAUCAAUUCCUUAUGUGGUUGCUCUCUUUAGUUCCAUGCUUUGGAUAUAUUAUGCACUUUUGAAAACCAACAUGCCCCUUCUCAUCACAAUUAAUUCCUUUGGUAUGUUCAUUGAGACUAUCUACGUUGGUCUCCACCUUUUCUACGCACCAAAGAAAGCCAGGGUCCAAACUGUAAAAAUGCUCAUGUUAUCGGUGGUUGGUGGAUUUGGUGCAAUAAUCCUAGUUACUGAAUUUCUAUUCAAAGGAGUUGUUCGUGGACAAGUUGUUGGAUGGAUUUGCCUUAUUUUCUCCUUAUGUGUAUUCGUUGCACCGUUAGGCAUUGUGAGAAAAGUGAUCAAAACAAAGAGUGUGGAAUACAUGCCACUACUUCUAUCAGUUUUUCUCACAUUAAGUGCUGUUAUGUGGUUCUUCUAUGGUCUCUUGCUCAAAGAUAUUAACAUUGCUGCUCCAAAUGUAUUGGGAUUCAUCUUUGGUAUACUCCAAAUUGUGUUGUAUGCAAUAUACAGCAAAAAAGAGAAGGUCAUUCUAAAGGAACAGAAACUACCAGAAAUACAAACUCCAGGUGUAAUUGUGAAGGAUGAGAACAUGCAUACUAAUAAGAAGCUUCCAGAACUCACACAAGAACAAAUUAUUGACAUAGUGAAACUUGGUUUACUGGUUUGCUCAGAUAAAACACAGGUUGCCACGUGUCCAAAUGAUACUGAUUGUGGAGUUAAAGACACUAACAAUAAUGUAGUAAACAUGCCUAAGCUGCAAACUGUGGCUUAAUUUGGGAUUAAUCUCAGAUUAAUUGUCUUUCCUUUUGAGUUAAUUUCCUAGUUCUAGCUUUAUCUUGUAAUGUACUCAAAAUGAUAAUAUAGCAAUAAAAAUAUUGCGUUGAAAUUAAA